UAUAAAAUGUUUUGUUUAUAAAAUUAUUGUUGGUCAAACUGCGAAGUUGCAACGUUGUUCUCUAUGUCGUUGAAAAUAAGAAACUUGUGUUGUUGUGGGGUUUUGUGAGGUGUAUAUUUGUUUAAAUAUGCCUAAACGCGUUAAAGCGAUUAGAAAUUGGGAAAGUGAUUUUGUUCCCGGAAGAGAACAACAUAAACACUACUAUGAGCACGACGACCGCGGGGCGGCCAACACGCGCCGAGUGUCCUUCAAGCCGAGCAGCAGCCGCGUGGUGGGCAAGAAGGGCCGCCGCGACUGGGACAAGGCGGCGGUGCUGGCGCGUCUCGCCGACGACGACGUGGACAUGGGUCUGCCCGGCUUCAGCGGCAAGUUCGCCGGCAGAUUUGGCGACGUGCGCGGUGGCUGGUCGGGACGGCGUAACCACAACCACAACCGCGGCCGCAACUCGCCCAUGCUGCCCGGGGGCCCCAGGAAGGUGCCCAACUUCCCCUCUCACUGGUACAAGGUCCGGAUUCCGUAUGGCCACAAGUACCCCAAGGAUUACAUCAUGAAGGCACUGCAGAGCUACAUCUCUCCUCAGCCUCUGAUACCAUACGCGUUUCGUGUGAUGGGAUCUGAAGCAUCGUUCUGUGUUGACGACCCCAAGACGGCAGAAGAACUGAUGAAUGCCGACAGGAAGAUAACCGCCACAGACGGGUACAAGCUGCUGGUGAAGGUGCACCCGGGGUUCCCGUACUUUGAGGUGAGCGACGCGCUGAAGGCGCGCGUCAAGGAGGUGAUGGGCAAGCGCUACAACGUAGUCACCAAGGCCCUCGACCUCACCAACUUCCACAACGACGACGACCUGAAGAGCGGGGAGCUGCUGGUGCCGCUGUCGCGCCCCAACGUGAUGGCGCUGGUGCUGGAGAUCGUGGCGGAGAACAUCCCGGAGCUGGCGGCCCUGGACCUGGGGGGCAACCGCCUGCACGCCCUGGAGUCGCUCGCCAACCUGCACAAGAAGGCCCCUCGCUUGACCGUGCUGCACCUCGGCAGGAACAGGAUCCGCGACCUCCGCGGUCUGGUCAACCUCAAGAACCUGGACAUCGAGGACCUGGUGCUGGACGGCAACCCCGUGUGCAAGAAGUUCAGCGACCAGACGCUCUACGUCAGUGAGGUGAGGAAGUGGCUGCCCAAGGUCGUCAAGCUGGACGGAGUCAACCUGCCGCCGCCCAUCGUGUUCGACACCACGGAGAAGACCAAGAAGCCCCCGUCGCGGGGCGCCUUCAUGUGCGCGGACGCCGGCAGCCUGGUGGUGAAGCAGUUCAUAGAGCAGUACUACCAACUGUACGACGGCGGCAACCGCCAGGGGCUGCUCGACGCCUACCAUGAUGCGGCCAUGUUCUCGCUCAGCUGCGCCACCUACAAUGCGUCCGGCAGGCUGAUGCCCUACAUCACGGAGAGCCGCAACCUGCUGCGGGUGUCGGACGACGGCCGCCGCCAGAAGUGCCUGCACGUGGGCCGCGCCGGCAUCAUCGCCUUCCUGGGGAGCCUGCCCCGCACGCAGCACGACCCCGUGUCCUUCACCGUCGACCUCACCGUCUGCUCCCCGCAGCUGAUGAACGUGGUGGUGACGGGCGUGUUCCGGGAGCCGGACUCCAAGGACUCUGCCCUGCGGGCCUUCGCCAGGACCUUCGUGAUCGUCCCCUUCGGCACGGGCUACUGCAUCGUCAACGAGCAGCUGUUCGUGACGCCCGCCACUCCCAGCCAGGUCAAGGUGGCGUUCCAGGCUCCCGCGUCGCUGCCACCGGCCGUGCCUGCGCCCGUGCCAGCGGGGGAGGCGGCCGCGCAGCAGGCGGUGGCCGCGCUGUCCUCACAGACCGGCAUGAACCUGCUCUGGUCCAAGAAGUGUCUGGAUGAAACCAACUGGGACUUCCAGAAGGCGCUGGAGACGUUCGCCGUGCUGCACAAGCAAGGCACGGUCCCUGCCGAGGCGUUCAUCAAGUGAGUGCGCGGCGAUGGGUCCGUUCGCCCUCGCCUCUGCACGGCUGCGCCACGGCUCUCCGCCUCCGCGGCUACGAACAAUCGAUUACCUGUUUCUUAUUUCUCGUUAUCAUUAAAACCAAGUGGUUUUUUUUUUUUUUUUUCAACUUGCGUUUUUUCAGACUUCAGUUGGAAGCUUACUGUUGUGUUUUCUCAGGAAAGUGAAUUUUCUGUACCGUAUUCAGUGGACAUGAAGGGUAACUACUUAUCUUAUUGUUUUAAAGUUUUAGAUUAUCAUUAGUUUGAUACGUAAAUUUUUUUGGCUGAUGCAAAUAUGUUGAGCUCUUGCCUUGCAAAAGUUGAUACCCUUUUAAUAUUUAACCAGUGCUGAAAUAUUGUUUAUUUUUACGUUACUAGAACCUGUUUUGAUGCCCAGCGCUGGGAGAAAAAAAGUAUCUAUCGUUGCAUUUUUUGCUUUCAAAUUUUUUAUUUUUUUUUCUCUCGAUAAUAGUCAUAAAAUGAAGAUGAAUUCAUUUUAAGCAUGUUUCCUUUCAUCUCGGCUAUUUUAAAUCAAGUGUAGGUUUGAGAAUUUUUUAUUAUUUUUAAUUUCAAAACUUCAUGUGCAAUGGCUUUGAUUGUAUGUACCAACAGCAAAUCUGAGGCUUCAAGUUCAACAUACCUGUGAUGCUAAGAAAUAUUCAAAAUGUAAUUUUUUGUCAUGUGUUUUUGUGUGGAAAAAAAUAUUGAAAUACAUGUAAUUUAUGCGAAGAGAGCUCUGUCAGUGAAAUUUAUGUUUUUUACUUCUUUUUUAUUAAAUGUCUGGUUCAGCUGUGCAAAAAAAAUUUUCAGCCACAAAUUAUUUAAUACUAUCUGUAUGUAUUUAAAUACAGUACUAUGUAGUUGGAAAGUGGAAUGUGUUGGGUCGGAAUGCUGUGUGUGCACUUUGGACGCUGUGAUCCGGGAGUUAAAAAGUUUUUGUAGCACUGUUAGUAGCCCUUUGUUAACUGUUCAGCUGAAUUUGUUUUUUUUUUUCUGGAAGGAACAAUGGAUGUGUGAUAUUCGUCACGGGGUGGAGAUGGUCAGUAUAUUCAAUUCAUACAUUUUUAUGCAUAACUAAACAGGUUAAUCUCCAUUUUAUAAAUGGUGGCUUUGUUGAAACACCUAGUUAAGGCACAUUUAAAGAUUUUCAAAUCCUUUGAGUGACACUUAAUAUUUAGUCCUGUGUGAAUGCUAGUUUUUUGAUGCUAAGCGAAUAUAAAAUUGAAUGUUUAAAGUAUUCUUGAUGUCAAAUCAAAUUGUGAAUAUUGAUCACGGCAAAGCUGUAUUACACAUAUUUUUUAAAAUAUGUGACUGAAUUAAAAAAAUAUAUAUUAAUCAUCUAACAUUUGUAAUGUUCGAAUUUGUUAAAUAUCUAACCAUUUGGGCCUUAUAUAUAACAUCAUUCAAUAAAAAUUGUAAAAUAACUAUGCAUAAUAUUGAUAUUGGGCAUUCGUAAAAGUAAAUGGAGUGUCACGAUUUAAUUUUUUUAAGUAACCGUCUUUAUUCAAGCAAAACAUGUUCAACACAAAAGAAAGAAAUAUUUUCCUGGGAGAUAGUCUUCCAGUGUUUUAAAGCUUUGCAUCACAACAUUCACAACCUAAGCCUCAAUUCAUUCUCAUAGUCAAAGCUUCACACAGGCCUAUAGUAGUACUAUAGUAGGCCUAUAGUACCAACUAGAGUUGUAGUUUUUUUUUUUUUAAAUUUGAUUUAAUCACUGUACGACAAUGAUUAACACAGGUAAAUACUUGUUGCGACCAUACCAAUUAAAAUUGACAUCGGGCAUUAAGGAAGUAGCAACUAAACUACUUCGUAAAACCAGUUGAGUCCAAGGUUGCUGGGUGUGGUUCUUGUGCCUGCACCUUAAGUAGGAACAUGAUAUGUUCUGUCUCUGCCACACUGAUGUACCAGGUAGGAUGACCUUCAGUAUGCAUGGAGAUACUUAUACUUGAAACUUUGAAAGGGAACUAUGUUUACUGUACCCAUGUAAAGGGUGGGGUAGAAUGCAAUCUGUGGUGUGGAGCGUGAAUUGUGAAAAAACAGUUCAAGAUAAAGGAAAAAUGUUUUUUUUUUUAUUUUUGUCAAGUACUUAUGCCAUUUUUUGUUUGCUUAACUUUUAAGGAUAAAAUCGUCCAAGUGGUGGCCUUGGCGGGCAAUGCACAUAGUGAGUUGUUCAAGUAAAGUUUUCACCCACUCUAUCCAGCAUAUCUUGUAAAAUUCCGGUGAUUACGUCCUCAAAUUGCCUCCUUCAAAGCUUCCAGGGUUCGAGGUCGAACUUUGUAAACUGCAGUUUUGAGGUAGCCUCAUAGAAAAAAAGUCACAGGCCAAUCCUGGGAGCAAGGGGCCACGGGACAUCCCCUCGUAAGAUCAGGCGGCCGGGAAACAUUUCUGCAAAACUUUGCAUGAACGAAGAGCAGUACGGGCCGUGGUUCCGUCCUGUUGAAACCAGAAGACUUCGUUGUAUUCCCUGCCCUGCUGUUCUAUUUUUUGCCAUAAAAUGUUCUCCAGCAUCUCACAAUGGCACGCUGGAAUCAGUCAUAAUUGAGACUCCCCCUCAAAAAAAAAAGGGGGGGGGGGAGGGCAGUUAUGCCUAUCAAGGAGACAGUGCUCUAAACUGUCACUAUUGGGCUGAUCCAUUUUCGAAAGGUUUUAGGGUCAAGAACACUUGUCGUUACAAAUUAAAUUGAACUGCCUGCUAAAGGUCCUCUGCGUCGCCACCAUACUUUACCCGUUUUAAGAAACGGCCUCCACAACAAAGCCUUGUUGCUCACCUGUCCAUUUCACGGCGACUACUGAACACGGCGUUGCUACCCCGACCUAACGGCACCUGCCCCACCCCUCUGCCUGUCCGGGAGCCCUAGGGACUGCAUUCCGCCCCAGCCUGUAAAACGAGGAACUUCACCGCAGAUUAUUCUAAAUAUUUAAGAGAGAUUUGAUAAGCAUGUGAAAAGUUCUGUGGAAUUUCAACAUGUUUUGUUAGAAUCUUGUUUAAUGCUGAUGAACUAGCUGCGAAACCAUUUACUUUAUUUCUUUUGUUGUCCUGUUGUGUUUUACCAAAGUUAAAAUGUCAUGAUGGUGAUACUGAAGUAUAAGCUACAUUGACUGGUGUUUCCUGUAGUUUUCUAGAAUAAUAAUCUUUACAAAAACAAUUUUCUAAAUAAAAUAUCUAGUAACACUCACUCAUUCUUAGUAUCAGUACAUUUAAAUUCUUGGAAUCUAACUAUACUUUUCGGUAUAUAAAAAUCAUGUUUUCAGCAUUAUGUUUAGUGCAUUCCUCUUGUGAAUUGGGGUUUAAAUAAGGUUAUAAAUAUUUUUGUAAAGAGAGAAAUAUGCCCGAAGUGUUCCACUGCAAACCAUCUUUUGAUUGUCUCAGUGAUUGGUGGAUCAUGUAUCCCAGGUCCAACGAUAUUUUAAAACGCUCUCAUCAUGCAUGCUUCUCGGUAUUGUCUAUUGGGCGCUUCCAUAUAAAACUCAGUUGAGAUGCUUUUCAAAAUUUCACUUUAGAAAAAUCUCGUGUAGUUUUAUGCAAAGAAAUUUAGCUUGAUUAAGUUGUGUACUGUGUCGACUUUCAGAAAGUGUCUUAACCUGAGCUUGCUUAAAUUAGGCAGAGAAACAAGAAAAUUAAUCAACAGGUGAUUGAUUAUAUUAACAGUACAUAGUUAUUUUGUUUUAAAACAUUUCUGGCUAAUGUGGAGUUUUACAUCUUUUUUUUUGUAUUUAGUAACUGUUCAGUAUAAAGUACUUCCAUUGACCUUUGAGUUCUCUCGUUAUGUUGUAUUGAGAUUUCACUGUGAGUGAAUUUUUCUAUGUAGGUCUGUGUUUUUGUUUAAGUACUUUUAUAUUAUAUGGAAUUGUAAAAUAAAUAAAAAGGUUAUAAAGAAGAAUGUAGCUGCUUAUAAAUGGCAAGUAUUUCAGGUUAAAAUAAAAAAUUGUAAAUAUCAUGGCCUAUAAACCAUGAGAAAAUUAUUUGCUAGAUCUCUGAUCAUGUUUAGUUCAUGGUCAAGACUUUUAGGUCAUGGAAUCUGGGAUUCAUAUGAAUGUUGUGUUUAAGUAGGCUUCGGGGGUACUGACAAAUGGUUUGAGAUUGAAAUAAUUUGCUCUAAGCUGUUCAGAAGAAAUCUGUAAGUUUGAAGAUGUCGAGGAACUCUGUUCAUAAAGAUGCUAACAGGACUCCGAUCGGGUGACAUGCUCUUGUCUUUUUCUAAAAGAAUGACAGUUAAUUUUCAUGUUCAUAUUGAUAGAAAAAAAUUAUCGUUAGAAGUUUGUUGUAAAUGUGCGACUUCCUUCACUCGCUGUGCAGACGUUUUUUUAGAUGGAAUGAUAAACCUUUGAGCUGCAAUAGUUUGUUUAAUGAACUUGUUGGUAGGGGUGUCUGGUGUGACCACAGAGUGACCAUAUCUCAUGACUGAAUAAUAUCAAAACAACUGAGAAUCUAAGAUUAACCUUUCCUGCUGUAUUUCUCAAGAGGAAAAUAAAAGUCUGUGCGUGUAA